CCCGGGCAGGCCAGGCCAGGCGAUGCCGGCGGCGGGCUCGGAGGUGGAGGAGGGCCCGGGGGAGGCAGCGGGGCCCGCAGGCGGCCCGACCGGGGAGCAGGCCAGCCCCCCCAAGCUCUGCGGGUACCUGCAGAAGCUGUCGGGCAAGGGCCCCCUGCGCGGCUUCCGCAGCCGCUGGUUCGUCUUCGAUCCCCGCCGCUGCUACCUCUACUACUUCAAGGGCCCGCAGGAGGCGCUGCCCCUCGGGCACCUCGACAUCGCCUCCGCCUGCUUCAGCUACCACCAGCCCGAGGCGGCCGCCGCCGCGGGGGACGAGGCCGCCGCCUUCGAGGUGCACAGCCCCGGUGGGGCCGUGGCCGUGCUCAGGGCUGCAACUCGUCAGGAUAUGACUUAUUGGCUUCAGGAACUACAGCAGAAGAGGUGGGAAUAUUGUAACAACCUUGACGCCGCAAAAAGGGACAGCCGGACUUCUCCUACACCGAGUGACUUGUCCAAAGGUCUUGUUGCCAAAGACAGCCCUGAUUUGAGUAUCCUAAGUCAGAACACUUCAGCAGAGAGAGCUAGACAUAUUCUAGCUGUGGAGACUUCUCCUACAGACCUGGUGGGGGAACAGGCAGCUUCCCAACCUGCACCAGUCCAACCAAGUGCCAUCAAUUUCUCACUGAAACAAUGGAGUACGGAAAUCAAGAAUUCAAUGUCCUCUUUAAGGAAAGGAAAUAACGAAAACCGCAAGAGCGUGUUUUAUACCACUGAAGAGUGGGAGUUGCUGGAUCCAACACCAAAAGACUUGGAGGACUCGAUGGCCCUGGAAGAGAAGAGGAAACACCUGGCAGAAGGAAGUAAAGGACUGACUAGUUCAGCUUUUCCAUUCGAUUUUGGCCGCAUUCCACACAAAACAAGGCGCCCAUUAAAGGACAUGAUUGGAUCAAGCAAAAACCGGAACAGCAGUGACUCUUCUCCAACAGAGUGGUGUUCUGGUAAUGGCAACAAACUAGUCUCUGAACUGCAGCUGAAGUACCAAAGUCAGCAAGAAGAGCUGGAAAAGCUAAAGAAAGAUCUUUUGAGCCAGAAGGAGCUUGUGCGGCUUCUGCAGCAAACGGUCCGAUCUUCCCAGUAUGAUAAAUACUUUGCAAGCCGUCUUUGUGAGGGGGUUCCCAAAGACAAAUUGGAGCUGCUGCACCAAAAAGAUGACCAGAUUUUGGGUCUCAACAACCAGCUUGAAAAGCUAAGUCUGGAAAAAGACAAUCUCCAGCAGGAAGUGAAGAAUCUGAAGUGUAAAGUUGGAGAACUGAACGAGCGGCUGGGAAUGCUGAUGGAAACUAUUCAAGCUAAAGAUGAAGUGAUCAUGAAACUCUCUCGUCAACUCAGCGAAUGUGAGGACAAUACAUCCUCUCAGAGUGGAGCAAUAAAUCCUUCUGGGACCACCUGUACUACUAAGGAACUACAGGAACUGGACAGACUAAAAGACAAUCUUCAGGGUUACAAGACCCAGAAUAAAUUUUUAAAUAAGGAGAUUUUGGAACUUUCUGCCCUACGAAGAAAUGCAGAAGCAAGAGAGAGAGAAUGGCAGGCAAAGUAUACUAGCUUGGAAGCCAAACUUUGUCAGAUAGAAAGUAAAUACUUGAUCUUACUUCAAGAAAUGAAAACUCCUGUUUGUUCUGAGGAGCAGAGCCCUGCUCGUGAGGUCAUCACUCAGUUACUGGAAGAUGCCUUGAAAGCAGAAACGAGUGAACAACCAGAACAAGCAUUUUUCAAACCACACCUGGUCAGUGAAUAUGACAUAUAUGGUUUUCAGACAGUCCCGGAGGACGAUGAUGAGGAGAAACUAGUAGCAAAAUCACGAGCUUUGGACCUGAAAUCCCUUUCUCUCAGUGAAAAUCGAGAGAUCUCAGCAGGGGUAAAAUGGGAAAACUACCUUGCAAGCACCAUGAACAGAGAGAUGAUGCGCUGUGUGGAACUGAAGAACCUUAUUCGAUCAGGGAUUCCACAUGAACAUCGUUCCAAGAUGUGGAAAUGGUGUAUCAGUCUCCAUGUUAAAAAAUUCAAGGACAGCACUGUUCCUGGGUACUUCCAAACCUUGCUUCAAAAUGCUCUGGAAAAACAAAACCCUGCAUCUAAACAAAUUGAGUUGGAUCUCUUGAGGACUUUGCCAAACAACAAACAUUAUUCCUCCCCAACAUCUGAAGGGAUCCAGAAGCUGCGGAACGUGCUGCUGGCAUUUUCCUGGAGAAAUCCUGAUAUAGGGUAUUGCCAAGGGCUCAACAGAUUGGUGGCAAUUGCACUUCUGUACUUGGAACAGGAAGAUGCUUUUUGGUGUCUAGUAACAAUAGUGGAAGUUUUCAUGCCUCGUGAUUACUAUACCAAGACACUGCUAGGAUCCCAGGUUGAUCAGCGAGUAUUCAAAGAUUUAAUGAGUGAGAAGCUUCCACGACUACAUGCUCAUUUUGAACAGUACAAAGUUGACUAUACUCUUAUCACUUUCAACUGGUUUCUUGUGGUGUUUGUGGACAGUGUGGUUAGCGACAUCCUUUUUAAAAUCUGGGACUCCUUCCUAUAUGAGGGACCAAAGGUAAUAUUCCGAUUUGCCCUGGCACUCUUUAAGUACAAGGAAGAGGAAAUCUUAAAGCUGCAGGACUCAAUGGCCAUUUUCAAGUACCUUCGCUAUUUCACCCGCACUGUGCUUGAUGCUAGGAAACUGACUGGUAUUGCUUUUGGAGACCUGAAUCCUUUUCCAUUACGCCAGAUCAGGAACAGGAGGACCUACCACCUGGAGAAAGUGCGUCUUGAACUCACUGAACUGGAAGCCAUUCGUGAGGAUUUCCUACGAGAACGGGACACGUGUGCAGAAAAAAGAGACCUUAUUAGUGAUGAUGAGGAGGAUAGUUGAAACUAUUCAACAUAAACUUUUCUUUGGGAUCGUGACCAAAGUGAGUUAACCUCCAAAACACUUGAUGAAUCCUGUCAAACAGAAUGUAAUCUAGUUGCUUUUGGAAAUAUGCAGGACAGAUUUCCAAACCCCAGCACUUUCAGAAGUACUGCUCUGUAUGGAGGCCAAACACUUCUGUUUACAUUUAUGUUCUUGGAGUUGUAUGUAGAGCACUUAAUACCCAUCUCAGUUUAGUCAAACAGCUGAAUUGCCAUCUGCUUUCCUGCAGUGCACUGUCAGUGCCUGUAUGUGAAACUGAGGUAAGAGAGAAGUCCAUUCUCUGUUUACUACAUUUAUUGCCAUUCUUUGUUGUUUGUUUUUUUUUUAAUGUAAUCAUGUUUUUUGUAGUGCAGGUUCAGUGUGGGAGGACAUCAUAUCCUUUGGUUUCAGGUUGGUUCAAUAAAUGCCUUUCAUCAUGUUGUCCUUGAAUAAACUAGCCAUUUUUGAGGUCACAAACUAGAAAAGUGUGAAAUGAAGCACAGGAAGAACUUGUACAUUCCUUUGUCUUUUCCUGAUGUGACAUGAAACAGAUCAUCAAACAGAACACAUGAAUAUAUGUACUUAAAAGGUAAAAUAAGUACCUGUUUGUCACAGACUGUUCAGUGUAUCCUGAAACGGUGAUAUCAAACAUCAUUUAUGGCUUGCUGGGCAGCUGUGUUGAUAAAGGUUCUCAUUAAUGCAAGGGGUUUGUAGAUGAAAUGUUGUUUAGUCAAUUUAAUUUCUAUUCACUUCUUUGAUUGCAAAAAAAAAAGCCACAACCAAAAACCAGCCAUUGUGAAAGAAGAAUGGAGUUUGCCACAGGACUACCAUGGUUUAGUAGCUAAUUAAGUGUGUAUCUGUUGAAAGCUUUUUUCAUUUUUAUUCAUUUCAAUGCUUCUUCCUAUUUAGGGCUUAAAAUAAGAUGAAGUCUGGAUCUUUAAGAAGAAACAUAGUGUUCCUUUUGCAUGACUGUAUAACUAAUGUAACAUAGCAGUAGAUAGAAUUCCUAAAACAAAUAUUUAUCAAUUAAAGGAGCCUAAAGGUCACAGCAUGCACACUGAAAUUCAAGAUCCUGUUCCAGCAGAAGAAUGCAGUAUUCUCUCAUUGUGCUCAGCUUUGCUGGGAGUAUUGCAUGCAUGUCUCACAGGACAGAUGUAAGGAAACAUUUGAGGUUUUACCUGUAGAGUUUCUGACAAUGGAAGUUCUUUCUCAUUUGAUGACAGCAACACUGCUAAAUGGUUCUGAGGAUGAGAAGAGAUUGAUUUCUUGCUCACUCUUCUCUGGACUUUUGCAGCCUUCUUUCUGGAGUUUUUGCAUCUACAGAAAGUUGGAGUGACUUCCAUGUUGUGUCUGGAUGUGUCAAAUGUGUCAGUUUAUCACAACUAGCAUUCAGAUACUAGGUAGCAAAUCACCCAGUUCUGGGGACAUGAUUAAUUAGCGACAAACAAAACUGGUGGUUGGAAGUGGUCAAGUGCAUUAAGCUUCUACUUUUUCUUUUUGGUUUUCUGAGAACAAGUAGGACUUUGUAAUGGUUUUAGAAAAACCUAAGUGUGUGCAGGGAGAAAUCCUGCUUCUGUUGCACAGCACUUCUUUUUCUUUUUUUUUUGAGACUGUAUUUGUAGCCUUCUCUAAAUAAGCAUAUUAUCAGUCAUUUUAUCUGGAAGGGAAGUAUUUAAUCAGUGGUGAACAUUGUAACUUACAGGACUACUUCUGAUAAAGUGUAUGGUUCUUCUUGUGUGGCAGUUUUUAAUUAGCCAACAAAUCCUUGCCAGUGGGGGACACAUGGUAUUAUCAUCUUGCUUGGUAUGUUAUUUGUCUUCUAAAAAGUCCCCUACCUUGUCUAUUGUAAGCAGUAGUUUGUGUUUUUUUAUUCCCUAGUUACUCUUGAUUGCAUACUUGAGUUUAUUAGGCAGGUUUUUCAUAUUAUUGCAUGUACUGUAUUCUUUUUUUACUUACAAUCAGUGUUUGAAUAUAAAAAUGGGACCAGGUUUUCUAAUUUUCUAGUUAUGCUGUCUUGGUUUUGAAAGAGCUGGUCUCUAAUCAGUCUGUAAUGUCUGCUUUUUUUUUCUUUUGUUUCAAUCUCGUUUUCAAGUGUUAAAUGAAAUCUUUCUAAGCUGAAGAUCUUUCCAGUCACAACAGUUGAAAUGUUAAGGUGAAGAAUUGAGAAGUACGUACAUACCCUAUUCCUAAAAGUCUGUCAUUCCUGGGUUUUGAGUCUAACCUGUGAACUAGUCUUGUGACUUCAGGAGAUGUUUCCCGACUGAUUUCAUUCAAGUCUUUAGGUUGUGAAGAUAAAACUAAUUUGGGGCAACCGUUCAGGAAGUUCUCUAGCUGACAAAACAAUCUAUACUCUCACAGGGUGGUUUCUUUUUUACAGUUGUGCUGAUGGUUAAAUUUGUGUGUGUUGCUGUGUUUUAUUAUGUAAGUUGUUACCCAACUGUACAGGAAAAACUAAAUAGCUCAGUUUCUUAUGCCACCAUGUGAAUCUAAUACAUGAAUGUUAGGAAGCUUAUGGAAAUCACGUUGUCUCUAGGUAUUUUGUUAGCUUGCAAAUAUGAAAUGAGCUGAUGCUGUUAUACUCAAGUUCCCAGUGAGCUGUUGGCUUUGUUUUGUUCAGCAUUGAUACUGAUGCCUUAGUUAAAAGGCCAAAAAAUUGCAGAGGCAUCUAAUCCCUGCCCACUAGAAAUGUACAUAGAACAAAAAUGAGAUGCAACGUCCAGAGAAGUUUGUCUUGCUGCUGCAAUUACCUUUAGUGACUAGAAGUUUUCUAGUGGUGCUGCAUCUGAUAACUUUCAAGAGUAGUAACUAGUUAGGGACAUGGAAGAAACACAGGUAGUAUUUGAACCCAAUGAAACCAAGCAAAAAUACAGUGUGGCUCAGGGCCCUGCAGAAGCUGAACUGCAUAGAUACCAAGUGUUUGUAUUUAGGGGUAAACUCCUGAAAUUCUGCAUGAGGAUUUAACGUUCAUGCCAGCCACUUAGUAGGAAAUUGAUCUCUAAAUGCAAAUCAGAACUGCUAAGACUAUUUUUUAACUUCAAGAUCAUGCACAUAGGUGCAAAGAGUUCCUUAUCUGUGGUUCCCAGUACAUGUGAUGUAAACCAAACCACUAAGUUGCAUCUUGCAUAAUAUUCCUUCAUCUUGGUACACAUAUGCAUGAUUUUCUUCUGCUUACUUGUUUAAAAUGCUCCAUUAUCUUCUGUUAAAUAGGCAAAAAAAUGGGUGCACUAGACCUCUAGCUGUUAAAACUGCACAGUAUUUCAGCUUUACCUGUACAUGUGUACAGGUAGUGUUAUCCAGUGUUACCAGAUUGUUUGGUGGGGUUUUUGUUACCAGCUAUGUAAUCAAUAAAACAGCUUUUUUGUUGCCCUUUAGGUGUCUUCUGUGAGAGAUUCUCCUCCUUCCCUUAGUCUUUGUAAAUGUGGUGAGAUAUUUCAGCAGAAAGGGAAACUUUUUUUUUUCCUUAAGACAUCAGGAAUGAAUGGUGUUAAAUUUGACAGAGUUGUAUGUUCACUCAUGCUUAACUGAAAAAUGGAGAAUUAAUCAAUUUCAUGAAGUUGUGUAGCUGGUUAAGUGGAUGUUCCCUUCAGUGCCACGUUAGAAAUGGGCAAUAUACGGUACAAGAAAUUUGAGUCACAAAACAUAAGUGAUACUAUUUUUAUAAAGAUUGAUGUAAAGAAAUAAUAAACAAUUUAUUCCUUUA